AUGACGGGAGAAGGUUCAGACCGUCCUGAUAAAGGAAAGGGGGUAGCAAGGCCUAAAAAGAGGCAACGACAAGCCCCAAAGUAUGUACUUAGGGUGCCUACUACACUACCUACCCCUGCAGUACACCCGCCUCCUACCCUUGCAGUACACCCGCCUCCUUCCUCUACAGUACAUUCUCCUCGUACCUCUGUAGUUUACCCGCCUCCUACCCCUACAGUACACCCACCUCCUACCCCUACAGUACACCCGCCUCCUUCCCCUACAGUACACCCGCCUCCUUCCCCUACAGUACACCCGCCUCCUUCCUCUACAGUACACCCUCUUCCUCCCCCUGUGAUUAUUACCCCCACUCCUCCCCCCGACCCUACUUCUAUACCUUCCUCAUCUUCUAGACCACCUUCUGAGACUGCCACACCAUCUGCUGACCUACAUUCAGCUGGUAAUGAUGAUGGUGUUGAUCCGCCCCUCCAUGAUCGACCGUGGAUUGAGCCAUAUGGCAAAGGGUUUCUUCCAUCUAGGGUUGCUUCCCAGGCCAUCACGCGAUCGAUUAAGCAACAAUAUAUGAGUCCAUGGCCUACAUGGGGAGAAAUACCUAAAGACGACAAAAAGCCAUUUUGA